AAAGUGACUGUAUAUAUUACACUCUACCCGAAGUCUGAAGAUUUCAUUCCCUUUCUGAACUGUAGACAGAGGUUUAAUACACUUGAUGCUUCUCCAUCACUCGGAAUAAAUGAAAAUCUGUCCAAGGAAUUUAGAGGAUUUAUAGAUCAGGUUAGUAAAAGCAAUGCCCUGUGUUCAAACUCAGUAUGGAACUGUGCCCUACGACAACAACUACUUUAUCUCUGAGUUCCUGAACCCUGACCUCAGUGCUAAGCCAGCCAUGGACAUCGGUGCCCAGCGGGACCAGCUCACCGCCUCCUCCCUCCCCAGCAUCAACACCCUGGUGGGCAGCGGCUACGUGGGCGAGUUUGACGCCUACUCGUGCCAGAUCACCACCUCUGCCUCCAAUGCCCCCUCCGGCCCCGCGGCCGGCGGCAGCUCCAGCCCUCAGGCUCAGCACUCAGCCUUCAAACUGGACGACCUCCAGGUGUACGGCUGCUACCCGGGCUCCUUUGCCCUCAGCUACCUCGACGAGACGCUGUCCUCCUGCGGCUCCGAUUACUAUGGCAGCCCUGCGUCGGCCACCGCCUCCCCACCCACCCCGGGCUUCCAGAGCCAGCCUGGCUCGGCCUGGGACUCCCCCUUCAGCCCCUACUCCCCAGGCCCUGGGUGCUGGGUGGCUGAUAAGUCAGGCUUAGCUCAGCAACCCUCCUUCUUCACCUUCACCCCCCCGGUGGAGCAGCAUUCCCCCCUGGGGCAGCAUCAGGGCCCCCAGCAAGGUGAGGAGGACCCUUUCUUCCAGCCCUCACAGCAGCAUGCCUCCCCUCUCCAUUACACCCCCUUAUCCCUGGACCAGGUGUCCCUGGACAGCCCCGGGCUCAUGGAGGGGCCUAUGUUGUCCCCUAAGAUCUGCAGCCCCGGGGCCAACGAGGGUCGCUGUGCGGUGUGUGGGGACAACGCCUCCUGUCAGCACUACGGGGUCCGCACCUGUGAGGGCUGCAAGGGCUUCUUUAAGCGAACUGUACAGAAGAAUGCUAAAUAUGUGUGCCUAGCCAACAAAGACUGUCCAGUAGACAAGCGGCGGAGGAACCGGUGCCAAUUCUGCCGUUUCCAGAAGUGCCUCGUGGUGGGAAUGGUGAAAGAAGUCGUCCGCACAGACAGCCUGAAAGGUCGCAGGGGUCGUCUGCCCUCUAAACCCAAGACUGUACCAGAGUCAGCGUCCACCACCCCACCCAUCAACAUCAUCACCUCUCUUGUCAGAGCUCACAUAGACUCCAACCCCGCCAUCGGAAAACUGGACUACUCCAAGUACCAUGAGACAGUGGUCAGCCUAUCAGAGAAAGAGGAUGCCAACGACAUCCAGCAGUUCUACGACCUGCUGACUGGCACCAUGGAUGUGCUGCGGAAAUGGGCCGAGACCAUCCCAGGAUUCACCGCCUUCUGCCCAGAAGACCAGGAGCUGCUCCUGGAAUCUGCUUUCGUGGAACUCUUCAUCCUCCGGCUAGCAUACAGGUCGAGUCCUGAGAAGAACAAGCUGAUCUUCUGCAAUGGUGUGGUACUUCACCGUAUGCAGUGUGUGAGGGGCUUUGGCGACUGGAUCGACUCCAUCAUGGACUUCUCCCAGAGCCUCCACCGCAUGAACCUGGACGUGUCCUCAUUCGCCUGCCUCGCAGCACUCGUCAUCAUCACAGAUCGCCAUGGCCUUAAAGAGCCCAAACGGGUGGAGGAGUUCCAGAACCGCCUCAUAACCUGUCUGAGGGACCACGUGGCCGGCAGUGGCUCCGACGCAGGGCGGCCCCAGCCCAACUUCCUGUCCCGUCUGCUAGGGAAGCUCCCCGAGCUGCGCACCCUCUGCACCCAAGGCCUGCAGCGCAUCUUCUACCUGAAGCUGGAGGACUUGGUCCCUCCACCACCCAUCGUAGACAAAAUCUUCAUGGAUACCUUACCUUUCUGAAAAGACAGACAAAAAGAUGAAGAGGGAUGAUUAAGUGAUGAUGCUGAGGGGACAAAAAUAUGAUAAACUGAGGAGGUGAAUAGGGGGCCGUUGUCUGUGUCCAUUACAUUUGGGACUUAUAGGACCCCCCCCACUGAAGUGGCAUCUCCCCUUCCAGUGCACUGACUUGAUGAAAAGUGUCUGAUUCUGCCUCUGGUCCAGUGUCUAAAAGUGAGGACUUAGACUGUAUUUUUCUCACAUUUAGUUUAAUAACAAAAACCUGUGGGUGACAGAAUUGGAUGUUUAUUUUCCAAUCUGUGGAAUUAUCCUGGACAAUGCAUUCAACAAGAGAGAGGAAGACAUGAGAUAACAUUUCUAGUUGUUGGUCUCUUUUGUAAGUGUGACUUUGUAGAGUGGCUUUAUCGCUAUGCAAAAAAAUGUGUAUGUUUGUGUUUUUGCACGCUACAAAAUAUUGAGAGACAAUUGGUGUGUAUGUACAGCUCUGAGGGGAAAAAGCAGGCAUGUUCACACCUGAACACCCACUUAAACCUAAGUUCUCAAAAAUCCUAUUGAUUUUCCAAAUCCCAACACAACUUAAUUUAGUAGCUGUUCAAAGUUGACACAUAGGGAGGCCAACAGUGUCAAACGCUGGAGUCUCCAGUCCACUAGCCUUUCUCAAAGACAACUGUUGCGUCCUACAUUUCAAAGUGAGUAUUUUCAGUGAAACCAUAAUAAUAAUAAUAAUAAUAAUAAUAAUAGCCAUUUGUAGUCCUGAUACCACACAUUUACACCUAUAGAAGGUCGGACCAAAGGGUAGCUGUCUAUCUGUCUGCAGUGACAGCUGGCUAUUGUUGUGACAUUUACAGCUCAUCAACCACAAAGCCUUAAUGUACUUUACAGGCCCAGUGCAGUCAAAAAUGUGAUUUUCCUGUGUUUAUAUUUAUAUUUUCACACUAUGAGGAUGGAAUAAUACUGUGAAAUUGUUAAAAUUAUGAUAAUGCCCUUUCAGUGUAAGAGCUGCCUGAAAUUUCAUCUUGUUUUGGUGGGGUGGAGUUUUGGCCUGCCUGGUGACAUUGCCAGGUGGUAAAUUAGUUAAUAGACCAAUAAGAAAGAGAGUUCUAAACCUUUCUGCCAAUAACAGCUAGUUUUCAGUUUUUCCCUCCCUACCCAAAAUUCUUGCUUGAGAAAUUGCUUUUUGCUAAGAAGCUAUUUUUGUUUAUUUUUUUACCAUUGUAAUUGAAAAAUAUCACAGUAGGGUACUUACUUAAUUGUAACCCAGAAAUUAUUUGAUAUUGAGAUAAAAAUGGCUGCAUUGGACCUUUUAAAAGGUGUCAUAAGUUUUACUCAUGCCACAAUGCAACAAGUAUUGCGGUUUUGUAAUGGCAAGAGAAUCAUAUCACUGAAACAAUUUUUUUCCCCUUAGAACUUUAUAGGAAUGAGUCCUUAAAAAGAGAAAAAUGCCAGCAGAAUUACAAUGUUUAAAAAGUGCCUUUAAAAAAGUUGAAGACCUCCUGUGUAUUCAGGUUUUCAUUUCAACCAUCUCACUGAUAGAAACUCUGUAAAUCUAUUCAUUUGAUGUCGGCAACAACCAGAUGACAAAACAUUAGAACAGACUUGGUGAAGUUUGAUUGGCUGAAAUUAAAAUGUGCAUACCAAGAGUUACUUGAAAACGGAGGUUAGGAAUCUCAUGGUUUGGAAUAGCCUAAGAAUAGUCUAGGGAUAAAAAUCAUAGAAUACAUUUCAUUUUUUGAAUGUGGGAGAGUAUUAAGUUUCACACUAUAGCUGUAACAUGGAUCCACUCAAACGUAUCCCUUAAUGCUCUAUAGCUUACUAUCCUUAUCCUUAACUGUGUGAUUCUAUAAACAUCUGCUAAUGUAAGGGUUGCCUUACACACACUCCUUCAGGAGGAGUGUGUGCAGUUUUAUAAAAUGUAGUUAUUUUUAUUUUGUUCUUGAAAUGAACUUCAAGUGAUUUCUUAAGUCAUUACACAGUGAAAUGUGACAAAAGGACGAGCAGCUAAGAGCACUUCAGCGUUCUAACACAGUAUACAGAUUUAUACAAAAAUGUUCUAUGUUUGUUUGUGACGUGUGUAUACUUAUAACAUAAAUACUUUAUAUUUGUGAGUUUUUGUAAUGUGGUACAUACAUAUAUAUAUUCAGAGGAAGAAAAAGUAUUUAAUAUUAAAAGAACAUUUCAAAAUACAA